UGUGGCCGAUUAAAAGCGCCCGUGCUCGAUAACGUGAUAGCUAUUUAUCGACCCCGACACCCGCGAGAGGACUACUGCCUCACCGGUCAUCUACGUGUCCUCACGCGCGCACGCACAAUGCUGUGUCCCAGUUUCCGCUGACCUUGAAACUAGAAUGAAGGAGUGCACCGGUGAUCUAUAGUGAGCGGAGUAGUUUACAGUGCACCGUGACCUGUGAUCCUGAGGACGCGUGGGGACACUCUCCACGUGGGGACACUCCACGUGGCCGUCUCUCUCUAUCUCUCUCUCUUUCGCUCUCUGUCUCUCUCGUGUGUGUACAUUUUGUUAUGUCAUUAAACGAAAAGGGACAAUGGGAAUCGUGAACUCGAUAAAAAAGAGUAAUACCCAACCGGGAAAGAAGAAUAACCACAGAUCCAAGUCAAGAAAUGCAGUCAACAAACAGGUGGACGAGUAUGAGGACAUGGAAUUGGCGCAGUUGAAGAUGGCCAUCGCGAACGAUCCCAACAGUUUCAUCCUAAACAAUCUCAUGAUGUGUAUCCAGUUCUUCGAGAAUUACGAGGAAGACAUAAUUCAAAUUAACGAGACUUUGACAUCAACUUACGAAAGUGAAUUAAAUAAGGUGCUACCAUCUCAAAAGCACGUUCUAUUGCCGGACAUUCUUCAAGAGCAUAUCUCGCAUAACAUUGCCUUCACUUCGAAGAGACAGACCGGUGAUCUCAUUAUCGAACCGCUGCAGCCCGUCCGCAUUUAUGUUGUGCAUGACAAUAUCGAAAUUACAGAGCAACAUUAUCAAUCAGAGUAUAGUAGUCUAAACAAUGGGAUUACGUAUAACAUGAUGGUGCAACCAAGUGAACAUCCCGGAUACGUGUGGUUGCGACGUCUCGAUGAAAUGCCGUAUGUAAGGAACUCUUGCAAAGAAGAGGAUAUCGAUCCUUCUUCUAUAGCGGAUGACGACGAGAUAUACGACGGCGACGGCGAGAGCAUUUAUGGUCGUAAUUCGAACAUGAUGCUUUCGCGUCACAUUAGAAAGAGAGAUAUUCAGACCUCUACAAUUUUCAACGUUAGAUCUCUGCCUAAUUUACAUGACGACGAGACGAUAUACGAAGACCAAAUAUCCCUUUCCCGCAAAAAUAUUUACGGAACCCGAUCCAAUCAUGACAUCAAGAUCGAGUCUGACUGCGAGCACAUGUCAUCGACGGAGGACCGGAGGAGUCAAGGCAAGAGAGUGCGGUCGAGGAACGAAUUGGAGGCCAGGAAAGGGAGUUACCAACGUUAUUAUCCUCGAUCCGUCAUGGCGAAACAGAAAGUCCACACGCCAGCAAGCAGCUCGAGUUCCGGCUACCGAUCCGGAGCUUGCGACAGCGACAGCGACUGGAGUUACCAAACUCUGCCAAAAUCCAACGUUCAAGCAACUUGUAACGUGAAUCACAACGAGAACACCGUGAAUGCGUCGACGAAGAUCUAUUCGAACGCGAUGAUUCCGACGCAGUGUUUCAAGAAGGUGAGGAUCAACAAUGAUGGCAAGAUCUACAUGUUGCGACGGGAGAGGAAGCCGCAGAACAGCAAGCAGCUUCGCCUUAUGAUGGUCGACAGACAGUAUGACUGCGACGUUCUUUAUACCAGCAGUAAGGUAUUCAUGAGCUACUUCGUCGACCUCUUCGUGGACCAGUUGGCGAAGCCGCUCGGUUUCCAACCGGAAGAUCUGAAUCACGUGGAGGAGUCGGUUAUCUACUGCGACAAGGUGAUCGAUUCGUCCUACAAUUCUCGACUGCACAGGAUCGAGUCCUACGAGAUCUCGCCAACGAUAUGGCUGCAGUGGCCGGAAUACGCCCAGGAAUGGCUGGACAGGCCGAGGAGCACCUGGCCUGACGACAACGAUAUCAACAAAGUGAAGGAUUUUGGCUGCUACGUGGUGCCCGAAGACUCUCUGCUGAGGAAGAGGGGUCUCCAGUCGAAGGAAUUGUCUUGGCAUCAAAACCCCAGGAAUAGAGUUCACCGGGAGAUCGAGUGGCGACUGGCGUUCCCAGCCGCGGAGCGAUAUCUGGAGACCUGCAUGACGCGCUCGCAAGUGCAUGUGUACCUGAUCGCGCUGAUGAUCCACAAGACCUUCUUAAGACCGAUCCUGGACACGACGACUGGCUUAACAACCUCUCACAUUAGAAAUAAGCUGUUCUGGUUGAUCGAAGAAAACGACCGACCCUCCAAGUGGCCCGACAAUCGGACCGGCGAGUGCCUGAUCAAGCUGCUGGACAGCCUCUAUCGGUGCCUCAGUCAAACCGAACCGAAUCUACCGGACUAUUUCCUACGCGACAAAAACGUGUUUAGUAAAGUACCCGCCGACUAUCUAUUGCACAGCCAGAAGCAACUGAAGAGGAUAAUCGAGAAUCCCGUCAUGUACGUGUUCCACGCGAUGGAGAACAUCAAGUAUAGCAACAAGUUUUUUCCGCGAUUGAACUUCACGAAGCUGUUCAACAUACUGACGGUGAGGCCGUGGCUGGCCAUGAAUCCGGCGCUGGAGGACAGGUAUCUGUCGUCGACGAGGCUCGACGAGUUCUACAGAGACGAGAUCUACAACAAAUCCGGUGGAUUCUGGAAUAAGGCGCGAAAGAAGAAUUCGCAAAACUACAGCACGUCAACGGCCACAAGUAGAACGCUGAUCACCCCGCGCAAGGCCACGGAUUCUAUCGUCGAGAUUUCGGAACGGUGCGCCGAACUGGGAGAUCUAAGGCUGGCCGCUCUGUUGGACUUCUUCGUCACGCACUUUAUUAAAAUGGCCGAGUGCUGUCACAAGUAUCGGGCUUAUCAGCAGAAAGACGUUUAUCUCAAUCAAGCGGAUCGAUUGUCGAUCAUUCUAUCGGAGAUGAUCAGGUACAAGGACGACGCUAUAGCCUAUCGCAAGAAGAUCCACACUCUGAGGAUGAAACCGACGAUGAACUUGGCGACGAGAUCGCAAAACGAGCCGCCGGAGACGCCCAAGAGGAAUAUAGUAGAGCCCAUAUUCAGCGGCACCAUGAAAGAUCGUUUUACGCGACAAUUCGCUGAGGUCGUAAAACUGCCAAAGGACGAGCAACCGCAAUCUAGUCAUGAAGAUCGCACGAAUACCGUCGCGAAAACAAUUACCCCCGAGAUAGGAUUAGCGAGUGAGGGAAACGCGCGAGUGGACACCGCAAGCGCGAUUACGAGCGAGGACGAGGGUCCUUACACUUCGAGAAAGCCUAUAUCGAGGGAUCAGGGUGAUGACUCGGCCUCGAGUGCAAUAGAGAAAGUGAUUUCUCUAGCGGACAAUCUAAACGACGCGACGUAUAUAUGAUACGUGCAUUUAGGAAUAAUGGACGUGGAGAUGAUCUGUCGAGAAAAACGAAGCAAAGUGGAAACAAAUCUUCGCAUUCAACGAUUACGCUCGAAGCAAAUCAGAAUGGUAUUUAUUGUUACACUUCAAGAGUGGUCGAUAAUUAAUUUAGUAAGUAAUCGAGGAAGACUGAGCGUGCUUAUCGCAUGCUUGCGAAUUGUCGAUAUUCGAUCAUCGCGUUAUGCAAGAGCGAACAUACACACACGUAUAGCGUGAUUAUAAUUUAAUAGCUAAAAUAAUUUAUGAAAAUAGUUAAGCGCGCUGCAGUCAGGUUUUGUAACCGAUGUCAUCGUAACACACAUACGAUAGUGUCUUAGCCUAAUAAAUCGCGUUGCCAGAUUACGUAUUGCAGAAGAUAAUCUUUUAUUAGAAAUUUAUUAAGAAAUAUUUUUAAUUUAAAGAAGUCGAUUAAUUUUUUUUAUCUCAUGACACACAUACAUUUGUCUUUUUGAACAUCUCGUGUCCUUCGCCGACGAAAUUUACGAAUCUAACGCGCGAUUUCAUAACUCCCACUAUCUUUCAUUAUUUCGUUAUCGUUAAUCUCAUUAUCUUCGUAUCUAUUAUACGUUUAUUAACUCCCUUAUUUUAUCACGAUUAAAUGCGAUAUCUCUUCGGUGAAAUAUUCAUGCUACAAAAUUAUGUGUUAUACUUCAUCAUGUUACAAAUUCAAAUUGUAAAAAUCCAACAAAUUUAACCGACGUAUGUUUCUCAUAAAUACUUCCUUCUUUUAAUCAUUCUUGUAAAUAUUAUGUGUAAAUAAUUCUUUCCAUAUACGUGAUCAUGCAAAUGACAAUUAAAUAUUAUAUUGAAAACUAUAUAUAAAACCAAUGGCAAUAAAUUUUUUUCACUUA